AGCACGAGAUCACAGCAGGUACACGCACCCGUUCCAUUUCCGCGCGUUUUUUAUUUUUUAUAAAUACAUUUGAACACUUGAAACAAACUCGACAAAAGCUAAACUAUGACAGUUCCAACAAGACACUGAAAGCAGGCGGCGGCAAUAGCGAUAUAGGUGCAUUCAUAAUGAGUUUCAAACCUUCAAAUUUUAGCUUGGCAGUUGCUGGCUGAUCGAAGAGAGAUCUGACGUAAGGGAUUGCGCUGAAGACACAACGCCAACACUUGGGACAGGGUAGGUAUCUCUUAAGCUGUAUGAAGGUGAGAAGGAAUGGGGCGUAAACUGGAUCUCUCUGGUCUGACGGAUGACGAGGCGGAGCAUGUACUUCAGGUAGUGCAACGGGACAUGCAGCUGCGAAAGACAGAGGAGGCACGGCUCAGUGAGAUGAAGCAGACACUGGUUGAGGAGGGCAGUCGAUGUGAUCUGCUGUCACGGCAGCACAGGUUUAAUGAGCGCUGCUGCAUCCGUUGCUGUUCUCCAUUCACCUUCCUGCUCAACCCCAAACGCUUCUGUCUGGACUGUUGCUACAACGUCUGCAAACACUGCUCUACCUACAGUAAGAAGGACAAAGGCUGGCUGUGCUCCGCCUGCCAGAAGAGCAGGCUGCUGAAAACCCAGUCACUGGAAUGGUUCUACAAUAAUGUGAGAAGGCGCUUUAAAAGGUUUGGCAGUGCCAAAGUGUUAAAGAACCUCUACAGGAGGCAUGCAUCAGAGCGUGGAGUGCUAGCAGAGCUUACAGAGGGCAGCACAUAUGAGGAGAGCAUCUGCAAUGAAGGCAGUGUAUGUGAGAGCGACUCUACAUUCUACAGGCAAAGUGAAGAGCACAGCAUGGCUGAAACUAUCAGUGUGGCACUGCGGGUGGCAGAAGAGGCCAUAGAUGAGGCCAUUGCUAAGGCUGAGAGCCAGGCUGACAGUCAAGAAAGGCAGAAUGAAGCUCAUUAUCUGCGAGAGAACAGAGGAGAGCUGAUUGAGGAACUGGCCACAACUAUAGUACAGAAAAUUGUCCGGCGGAGGAAGGAUCUGUCUGAGAUGCAGUCUGGGUGUAAUCUGGACUUGUCCCCUGGCCAGAACACUGAAAUGACCUCUGCUGUUCAAACUCAGAGUACCUUCAAUGCUUCACUUUGGCGAUCACAAUCAGCUUUUUGUCUUGAUGAGAGAGUGGACCAGCAUGCCAGCAUUGGCUCAAGGCCCUCAGCAUCUAUUGGUCAUUCUCUGGAAAUGAAGAAAGGAGGAGAAGUGCCUGUCCAGGCCUUGCCUAGCUGGAGGAGUGUUGACCAACUGGACAAUUCUAUGUUGCAGAGCCCUGACGGAAACUGGAUUGCUUAUCAGAACACCCUGCAGCCUCGGCCAAGUCUUCAAACCAAGCGUAAGAGCCUGGGUUACAGCAUCUUAGAAAAGGAGUCUGGUGUUGUGUCUGCUUAUGAUGAGAUGGGCUCUGAAACCGAGGCUGAUGGUGAUGGGGUCUGGGGUGCUGCUCUGCUAGAACUUCGUCGUAAAAUGUCUGCCAACAAGCAGUCGAUUUUCCCUGAAUCUUAUAGCCGUCAAUCAACCUUGCCUUUGGAUGGCCAAACCCAACAGCUCAUUGCAGACAUCUUUAACACUGAUACUGAUAACUCCCCUGUCCAAUCUGGCCAGGACGGACCACUGCCCAAGUCCCACAAAGCUCUGCUGCCCUUCCUGAAGAGAAAAGUGGCUCCAGAACACAGACGCCCAUCAUACAUACGCCGCCCAAGCAUCAUGGAUAUUAAUUUCAACCCAGGGACGGAGAGCAGUGAGGAUGGCCUAGUGGACAGUAGGGUCAAGAGGUCACGCCGAAGAAGGAAAAAUAAGAGAGAGGAGGCAGAGUGGAAAGGGCAGUCGGUAUUGUCUACAUCUUUACCAGAUUGUAGUAGCCAGCUCUCAAACUCUCUGGUGAAGAGACGGUAUGUGAAACAAGACUCAGCCUUGCGUGAAAAAAGUCUUAGUGAUCAUGCUCUGGAAGUUGACACUUCGGACACUGCAACCCCUGACAUCUUGAGCUCUGGAGCAGUGACCCCUGACCCAUUCGGAGCUGAUCUCAAAGCUCCCAGCAAUGCGAAUCAUGGGGCCCUUGGUGUGGUUGGCUCUUUAGAUCAGGAGUUGACUUAUAAACUGAGAGAGCUAACCAGUCAAGUCAGAGAAACACAAUUUUCCUCCACUGAGGAUGAGUUGGACAGGUUGGAGUAUCCAGAAGAUUCAACAAAAGCAGAAGAGGUAGAUAAGGUUAUGGGACAUGCUUUAUUCUGUAUUGAGGUUGAUGCAAAAGAAAGAUCAGAUGAAAUUGAAGCCACAAAUCAACAAAGGAGAACAGAGAGUCUGAAGGAAAAUGAGCUAGCUUACAAACUCAGAGAGCUAACCAGUCAAGUCUGCGAGACACAACUUUCCUCCACUGAAGAUGAAUUGGACAGGUUAGAGUAUGAAACAGAAGCUGCAAAUCAACCAUUGAAAACUGAUAUUAUGGAGGUCAAUGAAGGAUGGACAGAUAGAGACAAAAUAAUACAAGUUGAAGAGAAAAUCAAAUAUCAUGUAGAGAUGAUGGUUGAAAAUGCAGAAGAAGAGAGAUCAGAGAAAAGGCAAAAGGGCAGUGUGUCAGAGCAGGAAAACAGUGAGCAAAAUUAUACUAAUGGCAAGACACAAAUGUCAGAAGAAAUGAGCACUGGGAGCCAAACACAAAGACUUGCUGAGACAGAUCCACAAAAUGAGAGAGUCAUAGAGAGGGUUGAAAAGAGAAAGAGAGAAGUCCAGACUGAAGAAGAAAAGGCAAAAAUGAAAGAUUUUGGAUUCUCAGUUGAAGCUGAGCAGAGCAGAGCUGACAAUAUAGAGACAGUCAAUUUAUCCAGUGAAUUUAGAUUUAUUAGUGAAGAUGAAAAGGUGGAAUUUGAUAGGAUCACUGAUACUGUAGUGAAGGCUUUGGAUAACAUGGAAGAGAAGAUAGAAGCUUUUACUAUUGAGGGGGUAUUUUUAACCAGAGAAGAGAAUGAGGGAGAGAAACUAGAGAGAUUAGAGGCAGAGGAGGAAAGAGUAAUCAAGAAAGACGGUGUAAAACAGGAGAUGGAAGACAGCAUAGAAUUGGAGCUGACUUUUGUUGGUGGUGGAUUGAAUCAAGUUAAGGAAAAAGAAAUUAAUGAGGGCAAGAUCAACAAAGCUGUUGCCCUAGAAAGACACAAAGAAGAUACAGAGGGGAGAGAAGACAAGGAAUGUAAGACUAUUUUCAAAGUAUCCGAAGAGAGAGUUCUGGAAAAGGAUGUCAACAGUCAAUGUGACUUGGCCAAGAAAAGAGAGGAGCAGAGAGACAAGGAUCCCACAACCCUGAACUCUCUUCAGCAUAGCACCCCAUCUGGUCAGGAGGAGUAUCUGUCACCAGAGGAGAUCUACAAGGAUGCACACAAACUGGACUUGAGUGAAAACCUACAUUUGAUCUCCAAUAUACUACAGCAGAGGUACUCGGCUGCAUCACUGCGCAGCAUCACCACGGAGGUGCUGAAAGUACUGAACGCCACAGAGGAUCUGAUUCACGGAUCAAUGGGAGACGGGAGAAGCGAGCCAAACCACAGUGACCUCUCAACCAUUCCCCCAGUCGAGGCCAGGAGACUGGACGAACAGCUCAGCAGACUGGAGGAGAAUGUGUAUGUGGCAGCAGGUACAGUGUACGGGCUUGAGGCAGAACUGGGAGAUCUUGAGGAGUGUGCGCGCAGCAUCAGUGGAUCCACUUCUGAAAGAGAGCUCGCUCACCUGGAGGACCAGGUGGCCUCUGCAGCAGCCCAGGUGCAGCAGUCUGAGCUUCAGGUUUCAGAUAUUGCAUCCAGAAUUGCUGCUCUGAAAAAUGCAGGCCUUAAUGUAGCUCCACAGACCCAGUUUACCAAGACACAAACCAUUGGCUCCUCUCGGAAACUGAGGAGGCGACUGCCAGCACCCCCAACACAAGAUAAAGAAGCCUAAAGAGGGUUGUGGGAGACAUCAGGAACUGUCAGGAAUCAAAUGACUGUGCUCAGCAAAGCCCAUGAUCACUUGUGCCUUGAAGCUGCAUGUCAUAGAAUAUGUUCAGUUGUAUUAAACUCUGGUUGGAUAGAUUACAAAGGACUGAAGUAUCGUUGAUGCAGUGAUUCCAUCUUGCAUUUACAAGGCAUAAUGAUCACAAAGAUCAUAUUCAGGAUCAGGAACAGGUUGCUUUAUUACCUCAAUCAUGGCCUGUACUAUUGUCAGAAUAAUUUAGAAAUAGUUAUCAAAAUUAUUCAUGAAAUAUAUAAGAUAAUAAUGUGGAAGUCAUCAUUUACUGUUAAUUUAACUAAUAAUUAAUCAAGCCUUCAAAGAAAUUCCAGAAAGUACUUUAUUGCACAGCUGACUAAACAAUUCCUGGAUUAGGUUUUGACCAUGAUUCGUCUGUUAGUGCAGAUUUUAUUAUUCUGACCAAGCCUCAGCUAUAUAUAUAAAUCGCAGUCAUGCAGAACACUAACAUUUUAUAUUUGCAUAAAAAAUAAUGUAAAUUCUGCUAUGGUGUUAUUGUAGAUUUGUUACUAGAAGGAUUUACAAGCUAUUGUAAAGAUAUUGAUUUAUUGUAUAUUUGUAAAUGACCUGUGUAAAUGAAUAAACGUUAUGUUUUUUAGUUAAAUUUUAUUUCAGUUACACUUUAGUUUUGUACAGUUAAUUGGAAACAUAAACACAGUUGUUUUUCUUGUUGUAGGACAGAAAGUGUAAUCAACUGAUUACAACUAAUUACUUCUAAUUACAAAAAGAUUUAAAUUAAGAACUUUUCAAACAAUCACUAAAGUCUCUUCUUUAUAAGAGAAGAUUCUCUAAAGAUUAUUUUUUUAUACUGUACCUGUGCCUCGGCAACAACAGGCUUAUCUACAUAAAUUUAGAUUUAUUAAUUUAUUAAUCAGUUACACAAGAGUACACAAGAUAUAACUUAUGCUGCAAAAUAUAUCCUUUCAGCUUCUCUGCUUCCCUGUUCCCACAAGCUAUAGGUGCACUAUAAUUUUUCCUCAUUAAAAAAGUUUUACUCCUAAAUAAAUAAAUUGUAACUUUGAAAUAAAUGUAUGAAAUCAUAACCACUCACAUUAAAAUGAAGACUCCAGUCAUAUUAGUAACCUUAUAAAAGCCGUUUGAAUCUACAUGGGGAGGGUCCCCUCACGGGGGCUGCCAUGAUAGAAUCGCAUGAACAAAUACUACUCACUUAAUCUCAGUAACCGCCCUGUUCUUUGACACUUUCACUCAUGGAUUAAAGUAAUCAUGCCUGACUGUGAAUAGUAAAUUUCUACAAUAGCAUCUGAAACUGAAAAUUAUUUAUUUUGAAUGAUGUUGCAUCCAAGCCACUAAGUGUCAAUGUAAGUUUAAGAUGAUACAAACAAAAAAGUUACUGAGAGCAGCUUUAAAGGUCCCAUGUGUUCUGAACAGGGGCUUCGACUGGGGGAACAAGGAACAUUGUCCCAUACCCUAGAACAGAGAGGGGCCCUUCAUUGAAAAAUUAAAUAAAAAGCCCAAAUGUGAAUGCCUAUUCUGGGCCAUUUAGUUCCAUUGGUUUCACUUUAUGUGUGUGUGUGUGUGUGUGUGUGGACACUGUUUACACUGCAGUUGGUUUGAGGCUGCAAUAGGUCAAGUACUGUGUAGUGUUUGCAUUUCAUAUUACAUAGUCACAUACCACAUACAUUCCAGUACCCAGUGCAACUCCCUCUCAAAA